AUGGAUUUCGACGAAAUACGGACGUUCUUACACACCAAACAGUACCCAGAUUGGUGCACUGGAGAUCGGGGUAAAAAGGCGAACUUCCGACAGAAGGCUGGAAACUACAAGAUUGUAAAUUCGGAGCUAUUCUACCUGCAUAAGACAACGAGGAAUGACUCCAAACAAGUUCGCGACUUACGAGUUGUGCUAGACGAGAAGGAACGGCAAAAAAUAGUGACGAUGUGCCACGAAGGGUGUAACACUUCAACUGAAGCACAGACUAUUGGCGGACACAUCGGAAGAGAUAAGACUCUCAUCAAAAUAUUGGAGAGGUUUUGGUGGCCUGGUGUCAAGAAUGAUGUUAAGACCCACGUGUCGAGUUGCGAUAGAUGCCAGCGGGCGAGUACUAGAUUCCAGAAGACAGCACCACACAUGACUUCAGUUCCGAUUCCGGGAAUGCCAUGGAAGCAAGUUGGAUUGACAUCUGCUCUCUACAAACGACACCCGACGGCUACAACUGUAUGGUGGUCAUGGUCGAUUACUUCACUAAGUGGAUUGAAGCGAAACCUCUGCAGAACAAAACGGCGAAGAGCGUUGCAGUCUUCAUCUAUCAGACUACAUGUCGACAUGGUGUACCCAGAGUCCAGAUUAAUGACCAAGGCAGAGAGUUCGUCAACAAGGUCUCAGAAGAACUGCGUGCACUAACUGGUGUACAGCAAAGGAUCACCAAUGCCUAUCAUCCCCAGGCGAAUGGACUUGUAGAGAGAAACAACAGGACCAUUCAGACAUCUCUACUGAAGGUGCUAGAAGGAAGGAACGAAGAGUGGCCGAAGGCUUUACCUGGCGUUCUGUUCGCCUUCAACACAAGUCGUCAGAAGUCUACAGGGUUUAGUGCCUUCUAUCUGAUGUAUGGUCGGAAUGCAGUCCUCCCCGUGGGCAUUGUAGGUGACACCCAAGACGAAGAGAUGGAAAAACCCGCUGAGGAUUAUGAAUCAACGUCUCUGCAAGCUCGCCUCCAGUCGAUUAGUUACGUUCAGGAUAUUGUUUACCCAACAGCCUCGGACAAUAUCACCACGGCACAGGACCGCCAACAGCGCGACUACAGAAACGCCAUUCAAGGAAGACCUCAUUUACGCAAGGAGACCUCGUCCUGGUAUGGAAUUCCAGACGUGCAGACCGGAAGGGUGGCAAGAGCGUGGAUCCGUGGAAUGGACCGUACAUCGUAACAAAGAGUAUCGGUCAAGGCCUGUACGAAGUCGGGCCAUCUCCAAAGAAGUAAGCGGAACUGAAAAGCACCAUAGGACAAUCCGCUCACAAGUAGUUCAAGUUCUCGGUGAUGAACGCUAUAGCAAGCACUUCCAGGGUUACUCUGGCCACCCGGAUAUGACAGCAUACUUGUUGGCGAGUGAUAUGGACAAUAAUGCAGUUUGGGCCACAGACAUUGAGAUUGUUGCCGUGGCUUCCAUGUUAAAUACACCAGUAGUCAUACACACAGAAGAUCGCCAAGGCCAGCGACGCUGGAUGCGGUACGAACCCUUGUGCGUUGUACCACCCCUCAUGGACUCUUAACUGUAUGAUAUACCUCACAAAUUACAAUGAACACUUUAAUCGUGUAAUGUAGUCAUAUAUGAAUCUGAAAUGUAUGCUUUCUGACAUGUUGACGUCAUUGUUUAUUUUCUAUUACCUGUGUUCGUGAAAACAUGGAAAAUAACCCCACAAGUUAGUCUGUGUUAAGGCUAAAGUUAGUCUGUGUUAUG